GCGGAGGAGAAAAAAAAGGGUUGUCAUAUUUGUUUUGACUGUAAAAAAUAAUUUAGAGUGAAUAAUUGGAGUAAACUCAUGAGCAAGAACAGCUGAUGUGGUGACGUAAUCACGUAAGGUGCCGUUACAAUCGCAGAAAGACCGUCCUCUCGUCCUUCAGAGUCUGGAUUCCCAAGACCAAACUCCCAAGUCCGGACUCCAAAAGAACACAAGUCUGUACUCAGUGUACUUGGAAUUGGGAAACGGCUUGAAUUGGAACAUGUACGCCCAUAGCCAGAGAAAAAAAGAGAAGCAGUUCCGGUUCAAGUCUAAAUUAAUCUGAGCGAACAAUUGUACUGAUGUGCUAACACUUCUGGAUAAAAGAAGACUCAAGCAUUGAAUCUGAUCCCGAAGAUACCCAGGAGUCAACAUGGCAACCACUAUUAGCACUCAGCGGGGGCAGGUGUAUAUUGGGGAGCUUCCCCAGGAGUUCCUUCGGAUCGCUCCCACACAGCAGCAACAGCAGGUCCAUCUGGAUGCUCAGGCAGCCAGGCAGCUGCAGUUUGGAGGUUCAAUAGGCACCGUAGGCACUAUAGGGCGACUCAGCAUUACUGUGGUCCAGGCCAAGUUGGCCAAAAACUAUGGAAUGACUCGGAUGGAUCCGUACUGUAGGAUCCGACUGGGCUACGCAGUCUACGAAACACCAACCGCUCACAACGGAGCUAAGAACCCGCGUUGGAACAAGGUGAUCCAGUGCACGGUACCUCCUGGGGUGGACUCCUUCUAUCUGGAGAUUUUUGAUGAGAGAGCGUUCUCUAUGGACGACAGGAUAGCAUGGACCCAUGUCACCAUCCCUGAAGGCCUGCGGGAGAGCAGUGUGGUGGAUGAGUGGUUCAGCCUCAGUGGCAGGCAGGGUGACGACAAGGAGGGCAUGAUCAACCUGGUGAUGUCUUUUGCUUCUGUACCAGCAGGGAUGAUGACUCAGCCUGUGGUCCUAAUGCCGUCUGUGUAUCAGCAAGGGGUCGGAUACGUGCCCAUUGCAGGAGUGCCUACAGUCUACAACCAGAGCAUGGUGCCCAUGACAAUGCCAGCAGUCGUGCCAGCUGUUGGGAGCCAGGUGCAGCUGUGCAGCGAGGAGGACCUGAAAGCCCUGCAGGACAUGUUCCCCAACUUGGAUAAAGAGGUGGUUCGCACUGUGCUCGAUGCACAGCAGGGCAACAAGGAUGCCGCCAUCAACUCUCUGCUGCAGAUGGCAGAGGAGUUCUAAUGCAGAACACACACACACACACACACACACACACGCACGCAUGCACGCAUGCACACAGACAUAUAUAACAAUCAGUUUAUUCUGAGACUGUCCACUCUUUGUGCAAACACAGACUCAAAGCUCACCCACACAAUGUAACUCUGGAGAUCUGUUCCCUUUCCUGACUCUUGGUUUUAAUAUCAGGAGCAGAUGUAUUUGGGAAAGUCACGUCUGGAUGAUUGAGGUUUAAAUCACAUCAACUUAAACAUUGAGCUGAUGCAGGGUUUGAUUUGCACUGUUUGAGCUGUGGUGAUUCAGAGUCUCAUCUUCUGUUCAUGUUGAAGUUGCUUUUCAUUUGAUGUGUAGAACAUUUCUGUCGUAACCUGCAGUGAAUUUCUACUGUUUAAUAUGUUGCUGUAAAAUGUUUAGUGCAUUCAAAAUCUGACAGAUUAUAAUUUAUGUAUUAAAUUAUAUAGAAUUCUAUAUGGCGAUGAAAGUGUUGAGAAUCAACUAAAGGGAAACAUUAUUUGCAAAGUUUAGAUUAAACCCACUUCAAUCAGAGUAGCAUCUGAAUACUGCUAUAUUCUGUGGAGUAACUUUCAAAUGAUGUCCGUGUUUUGAUGCUCAGCAGGAUGUUGUCCGUAGGGCUUUUAAAGCACUUUUGUAACACUCCACAAGGACCGGGUUAAAGUGGAGACAUGAAAAGCUGCAUAUCCUAACACUGACAGCAAAGCUCUACAUGUUUAGUCUUGUUAUUCAUUCAGUUUUUCAUUUUCACCAAAAAUCUUUAUUCUAAUGUGCUGUAUGCCAAAGGUUUCAUUUAAUAGAUGUUGUCUUUUUGCUUGUGAUUCCAAAACCAUUGUCAUGUUAUUCUGUCAUGGUCAAAUGAUUAAAUUCAUUAUAAUGUCA